AUGGACCAUAUUUGUGCCAUGGAACAACAGCUUAUCCAGCUGCUUACCCAGCGGGACGUGAGUCAGGCCAAUGGUGCCCUUGGUGGGCCCGAAUCAGAGGAAGUGCAGUGUCCAUACUGCACAAGUGUUCUCACCUCACAGCAUGCACUCAGGAUACACUGUGGUCUCCAUCAUCCAGAGCACAAACUUGACAGCAUUGGUCGGGGCCAAAGCUUCGACCCUCUCCAGCACUCUGCUGGCGGGUUGCCUCACUGCAGACUGUGCGGCCGCAAAUUCGCUAAGUGGCAAAACCUCAAACACCACAUAGAAUCAGGUGCUUGUAGCCAUUUAGGGGGUGCCAGUUUUGUGCAACAUCCCACCACUGAGGUGGAACUCUGCCCUGAGGCUGCAGAGCAGGUGAAACCACCUACCCUGGCUGAAGCAGCCACUGCCACAGCGGCACAAAAUGCCCCGCUGGUGCAAAGGCCUUUCUUCCUGCAACCGUGGCCUCAGUGGGACAGCUUGCUCAAGCACACGGCUCUCAGGAAGGACCUGCCCCGCCUCAGGACAAUCGCGCUCCCCAUGCCGAUCAUGGACACCAGUUCGGGGAUGAACCCGGAUGCCGAUAUCUUCAGGUUUUGCCUAGUGGGGCAGGAGAGCCAAUCGAGCCCGGGACAGAAGUCCAAGGACGACAAGCCGAACAAACGACAGCGCCAGGAUCCCAGCGAGACGAGGCGAGGCCAGCGACGACCAUUCGCUCCUUCUUCGCACCAAAAGCCUCCACCAGACGAUGCAGUCCGUACGCUGGCACGCAUGGUCCUCCGACAGGAGGACAUGCUGGCGGAGCUUCGCAUGGACAAACUGUUCAUCUGCUUCCUCCGGGAGGACGAGAUCAGUGUGCUGCCGGGCCUCUACCAGGUUUCCAAGGAGUACCACAAGCAGCAGGAGGAGGGCACACUGCAAGCUCAGAGCCCACUCCGCACACUGUUGUUAGCGUGCAUGAUGAAGCAGCUUCGGGAUCGCAUCAACCACAUGAUGGGGGCCCAGGAGGGGAUCGCCAAGCUCCAGACUGCUGGGUGGCUAACGCCGGACAAGGCGUGGGCUCGACACAAAUGGUGCGGCGGAGCAAAAAGGCUGAUCAUCGACCAGGAGGCCGAGGUGAUGAAUCACGACACGUUUUUGGAAUCCAUAGAUUUCUUGCUCACUCACCUCCAGGGGGACGUGAUUCAGAAGUUCAGCUCAGCCCAGAACCUUGCCAAGAUGGAGGAAUCCCAGACCCACACCGCGACCUUCUUCCUCUCCGUAAGCUUGAGGGGCCGUGUGGCCGUGGAUGUGUACAAUCACUUCACCAAGCUAAUGGGGAUCACGGCGCUCCAGCUCAUUGGACUUUCAAUGAAAAGAGCAACCCUGAAGCGGUCGCAGAUGGCGCAAAUGGUGGCAGCACUGGCUUAUGGCAGGUAG